CGGCCAAUAGCGUGGCCGCUUUACACCAGAUGGGCGGUUAUUCCCUCGCCGAGGAGGCUCCCCGGUGGUUAGCUAACAAUAGGCCGGGAGAGGCGGCUUGGCUCGGCUUGGGGGAGUAGGACGAAGCAGCCCCGGCGGAGGAGACACUUUAGCGGCCACUUCGAACGGCGUGGCCCGGUGUUGUAUCCACACCUCGUCUCCAAUUCCACUCCCAUUGAAUUUUGGCGAACUCGCAGACGAAAGAAGAUGUGCGACAACGGGGAGGUGGAAGACAAGCCGCCAGCCCCGCCCAUGAGGAACACCAGCACCUUGAUUGGCUCCUGCAGCAAAGACCCCGCCCCUGUCAAUCAUGGCUCCAAACCCUUACCCCCCAACCCGGAGGAUAAGAAGAAAAAAGACCGAUCUAUUCGCUUCAUUCUGACAGGAGGCGGCGACAAAACGUACAAAAAGAAAGAGCGUCCCGAGAUUUCUCUGCCGUCAGAUUUUGAACACACCAUCCAUGUCGGAUUUGACGCCGUCACCGGGGAGUUCACCGGGAUGCCCGAGCAAUGGGCCCGCCUCCUGCAGACAUCCAACAUCACCAAACUGGAGCAGAAGAAGAAUCCUCAGGCCGUGCUGGACGUUCUUAAAUUCUACGACUCCAAGGAGACCAGCAACAGUCAAAAAUACAUGAGCUUCACAGACAAAACUGCAGACGCUUUCGCAUCGUCCACCACAGCGAUCUCCAAGAGCGUCUCUGAGACGCCCGCCAUUGCCACUGUGUCUGAAGAUGAAGACGAAGACGAAGCCGAGCCGCCGCCUGUCAUUGCCCCGCGACCGGAACACACCAAGUCGAUCUACACCCGCUCAGUGAUCGAACCCCUUCCGCCCCCUCUCACCAAAGACGCGGCCACCUCCCCCAUUGUGGCCCCCACCUCCACCACGGCGACCACCACCUCCUCGUCAUCCUCCUCGGCCUCCGCGGCUGCCGUCACCCCGCCAGGCGUCUCCGCCGCGGAAGGCGCCAACCCCGCCGCCGGGGCCUCCCUGCCCCGCCCUCAGGACAAAGGACGCAAGAAGAAGAUGUCUGAUGAGGAGAUCCUGGAGAAGCUCAGGACCAUUGUAAGCGUUGGCGACCCCAAGAAGAAAUAUACUCGGUUUGAGAAAAUCGGACAAGGUGCGUCCGGGACUGUUUACACGGCCAUCGAUGUUGCCACUGGACAAGAGGUGGCCAUCAAGCAGAUGAACUUGCAGCAGCAACCCAAGAAAGAACUCAUCAUCAACGAGAUCCUAGUUAUGAGGGAAAACAAAAACCCCAACAUUGUCAACUACCUGGACAGUUACCUGGUGGGCGACGAGCUCUGGGUGGUGAUGGAGUACUUGGCCGGCGGCUCUUUGACUGACGUCGUCACAGAAACCUGCAUGGACGAAGCACAGAUAGCGGCCGUUUGCCGAGAGUGUCUGCAAGCGCUGGAGUUUCUGCACUCCAACCAAGUCAUCCACAGAGACAUCAAAAGUGACAACAUCCUGCUUGGCAUGGACGGCUCCGUUAAGCUCACCGACUUUGGCUUCUGUGCUCAAAUCACUCCGGAGCAGAGCAAACGCAGCACCAUGGUGGGCACGCCCUACUGGAUGGCUCCUGAGGUGGUGACCCGCAAAGCUUACGGCCCCAAAGUGGACAUCUGGUCCUUAGGCAUCAUGGCUAUAGAGAUGGUGGAGGGCGAGCCGCCCUACCUUAACGAAAACCCUCUCAGGGCACUCUAUUUGAUCGCCACCAACGGGACGCCAGAAUUGCAGAACCCUGAGAAACUGUCGUCCACCUUCAGGGACUUCCUUAACCAAUGUCUAGAGAUGGAUGUGGAAAAGAGAGGCUCUGCUAAGGAACUGUUGCAGCACCAAUUCCUGAAGAUGGCCAAACCACUCUCCAGCCUCACGCCACUCAUCAUAGCUGCUAAGGAGGCCGCCAAAAACAACCGUUAGCACACGCCGACCCCCCCCCCCCCCCCCCCCCCCAUCUUCAACACUGGACUUUCAAAAGAGGGGGCGGGGCCGGAUCGAUGAUGUCAUCCACAGAGUGAGAAAAAAAAGACUGGAUUUGCUGUUUUCUACGUGCGUAUGUCUGUAUUUUCUUGUCUGCUUUCAGAAUGUGCAACUGUUUUUAUUUUAUUAUUAUUAUUUUUUUUUUAAAUCGUUUCGUGUACGAAAGAGAUAUGAUUAUGCUGGGUUAUCAAGUGAUUGUAGCAUUAAAGCAGGUUAGCUUAGCUUAUGUUAGCUUAGCACAGCAUUGCUGGGUUCGUGGACCAGUUGGUCUUAUGAGUUAAAGAUCAUUAUAUGGUUAAUAAUAACUAGCACACGAGCCAUAUAUCAUGAUCAGAUUCCAGCCUUUUUAACUCUGCUUACCAUUGACUGCAAUUAAGAGUUUCUGGAACUGUUGAACGUGAGAGUGCAAUGAACAAAACUAUCAAAUUACUACAAAAAAAUUGGAAAACCGUCUUUUUAACCUCUAACAGAUCCAAAGUGCUGCGGUAAUAUUUGAUUGGACAUGCUGUAAAAAGGGGCGGAGUGAGCAGUGGUUCAUUUGCAUGCGAAAUGACCACCUCUUCAAAAUGGCGAGGCUGAAAAAAAGCAAACAAUCAAACAAACAAAAAAAAAAUCAGAAGGCCAUGGGACACAGUAAGACUUAAAAUCAUAAUGCAUUUUAUUUAACCGAUGGAAAAAGCUGGUAAUUACCCAUCAUGCACCCUGCAAAAGUGCAGUGAAGUGGACAAUGUGCAUGUUUUUCUCGAGAUUUUUUUUUUUUAUUAUUAUCGGUACGACAGAAGUGGUGACUCUUCCCCAAGGUGUAUAAAAGAAGAAAUAAACUGCGAUGAGUCAA